UACUGAAGUUCUCAUGUGUUCAUUUCUUGUCUUUGCACCUAAAGGCUUUUUACGAUGUCUUCAUCGCUGACUGGUGUUUAGACACACUCUCCGGCCCAGUCUACACUCACGAUGCUGCAAGCAGAAACGCUCCAACUGCUGUGCCUCACAGCCUCCAGCGGGGUCCCUCUCUUCUCACGCGGCUCCACCAAGCAGCUUCCCUUUUCCAUCGUCGGCUCCCUAAACGGCGUCCAUAUGUUCGGCGCGGGCCACGGGGCUCAGCUAUCGAGCUGCGAGACGGAUCGGGGCAGCCGUGUGGUCUGGGAGGUCUUCCAGGAGAGCCUGAUGCUGAUCGCGGUGAGUGGCGGCGGGGGCUCCGGCAUCAGCGAGCUGCAGUUGCGCCGCCUGCUGGAGAACGUGUGGAACUGCAUGGUCUUGGUCCUGGGACAGGACGAGCUGGCGAACAUACGCAACGUGGAGCGGUUAAAGCGAGAGCUGCGCUCUUGCUACCGCCUGUUCGACUUGCUCUUGGAGCGUGUCAAUGACGAGCAGGGCUUUAUGGGAGAUCUGACGCGAUGCGCCGACUGCUUGCUUCCCUCCACCUCCGCCUUGCUUCAGGACGCCCUGGACUCCUUCGCCCAAGCGGCGGAGAGCGAGUUCGGCUGCCUGCUAGUGCGCGGGCGCGUGGCACAGGCCACGGAGAAGUGGUGGUCUCGACUGACUUCCCAGGAAGUUGUUGUGCUCUCAAUCCUGAUGCACUCACUUUCUAAUGCAUCGUCAUGUGACUACCCGGUCUUCCUGCCCCAAGGGAGUCCCACAGUCGCCAUCCGCUUGCUCGGUUUCCAACUCCUCCCCGGGGUUCACGUGUGCGUCCUCUGUGGACCCAAACCCUCUUUGUACAAGGCGGAGAAUGAGCUCGUUAGUCGUUUUUGGUCCACUUUGGUGGAGAAUCUACGCAGCUGUUUGGAGCAGGCCGACCGUUCCACUCUUCCUCCGUCUGUGAGCCUUCGCUGGGACGUCCAGGCUCUUCUGCUCAUCAACCGCGAAUCUCGACGCGCGGUCACCGUCUGCCCUCGGGUCCGCGGCGGAGCUCCAGCGGAGGCUACGCCUCUCCUUUCAUCCGGAAGGCGCUUGGAGCUCCUUCGCCUUUUUUACACUUUUGCCGUGACUCGAUAUUUCACCUCGCAGGAGACAUCAGUCUCGUCAGCCUCGGAGGAUUUUUCUCAGGGAUUCACCCACGUCCCCGUGCAGUGCUACCUUGUGACUGAGGAGUGUAAGUGUUACGGCCUGCAGAGUCCCCAACACCAGCUCUUCCUCCUCAUGGAUCUCUCUGUGCCGACGUUCGCCUUGCGUACUGUCGCUACACAGACUCUCUCAGCGAUUACUUCUGCGACUGCUUUUUAACACAUCACUUUGCUCCUGUAUGGGUUACUUAACCGGGUACCAGCGGAUCUGGCAUUAAAGGGAAAACUCUUCAAAAAAGGAAAAUUCUGUCAUUUUUUUUCACCUACGUCGUUGC